AUCUACUAGUAAAUAACAACUGAACAUGAUUGUUCCAAUGGGGGUUUCGUAAUGGUAGAGAAUGGCCGAGUCACGGACUGAAGAGGUGCAAGAUCGGAGUUUGUCCGAUGAGGAACAGCAUUCUUCUACAUCACGCCAUAAAUCCAAGCCCCACUCCCCUCUCAGACGGGGCUUGACUAAAGUCUCGAAGUGGGUACAGGUCGCUCGAAAAGCGUUAGUGAAUAGUUCCGGGGACAAUACAAUGGGGCACGUGGUCUCUACUUCAUGCGAUUCGAGUCAGGAUACUUCCAAAAACGCAAAGGAUGCACCGAAUUGGAAUUUAUCUAUUCCUGAGUUGUUAAAUGAGAUUGAGAGAUUGAAGACUGAGCUUGAGGAGAAGGAUGUUAUUAUUGCUGAUUUGAAAAAUGAAGUUAUGCAAAUGAAGGAUAUUCUGAGAUCGUCUUCUUCUUCGAUGCUUUCGAAAGGUCCUGACAUUCUAACGAGUAUUGUAGACAACAAUAAAGAGCUUCGAGUUUCGAAUCGUUAUGGUCGACACAUUCCACUUACAAAGAAACAGGGAGUUUCUGGAGAAAGUGCUUCGUUUGAAGACUUUCAAGUUCAGAAAUAUGACAAAGAUUUCAGGUCGAAGCAGUUGAUUAAAGAUGCUAUAAUGGAGAACGAUUUCUUGAAGAAUUUGGAUAGUUCUCAAGUGAGAGAAAUAGUGGACUGCAUGUACUCACAGUAUUUCAGCAAAGGGACUCAAGUCAUUAGGCAAGGAGACGUUGGAUCUCAUUUGUAUGUCUCUGCUGAAGGAGAGCUGAAGGUUUUAAAAGACAACAAAGUGAUUGGUAGUGUAGGUCCUGGAAAAGCUUUUGGGGAAUUAGCAAUAUUAUACAAUUGUACGAGGACUGCAACAGUAGAAGCUUCCGAAGAUGCAAAAAUUUGGGUAAUGGACCGAAAAGCUUUUCAUACAAUUAUGAUGAAAACAGGGCUUCAAAGGCAAGAAGAUAAUAUUAAAUUUUUGAAAAGUGUACCCCUUUUAAAAAAUUUGAAGGAUGAAAUUCUAGCUAAAAUAGCAGAUGUCUUGGAAGUGGAUUUUUAUCCAUCGGGUGAGUAUAUCAUAAGAGAAGGAGGAAGUGGUGAUACUUUCUACAUUAUUAGCAAAGGAAAGGUGAUAGUGACGCGACGAAGAUUUGACAUAGAGGAAGAAAUCAGAUGUUUAGGAAAAGGGGAUUAUUUCGGUGAAAGAGCUCUACUUAAUGAAGACAAAAGGACUGCAAAUGUUGUCGCAGCACAUCCGGGAGUUGAAUGUUUAGCAUUAAAUAGAGAGUCUUUCAAAGAGUUAAUCGGUGACUUGAGAGAACUCCAAGAUAAACAAUACGAAUACGACGACCAGAGUUUUAAACCAAGUCAACCGCCUGAAGAAGAAAAGAAUGAAUUUGAAGAUUUAACUCUAGAAGAUUUGGAAGUUGUAACAACGCUUGGAAUUGGAGGCUUUGGCCGAGUAGAUUUAGUUCAGUACAAAAAUAACCCAAGCCAAACAUUUGCACUCAAGUGCCUGAAAAAAGAACAAAUAGUUUCGAUGGAACAACAGCAUCACGUCAUAAACGAAAAGAAGUUCAUGAUGUCUUGCAGGCAUCCUUUUAUAUGCAGAUUGUAUCGCACGUUCAGAGAUAAGAAGUAUGUAUACAUGCUGAUGGAAGCUUGCUUAGGAGGAGAGGUUUGGACUUACUUAAGGGACAGAAGUCGAUUUGAUGAUUCAACUACGCGUUUCUACACGGCUUGUGUGAUAGAAGCAUUGGAGUAUCUUCAUUCAAAGCAUAUCAUCUACAGAGAUUUGAAACCCGAAAAUCUAAUGCUCGACGAAAGGGGGUACGUGAAACUGGUAGAUUUCGGAUUUGCAACAGAGCUAAGAAGUGGUAAGAAGACAUGGACUUUCUGUGGAACUCCAGAAUACGUCGCUCCAGAAAUAAUUCUGAACAAGGGCCACGAUCGAUCAGUUGAUUUUUGGGCAAUUGGAAUACUCAUAUAUGAACUCUUCACCGGAAUGCCACCUUUUCGGGCUUCAGAUCCCAUGCAAAUUUACACUAUUAUCCUGAAAGGCAUCGACAUGAUAGAUUUUCCUAAGUUAAUUCCCAAAACUGCACAACAUUUAAUCAAGAGGUUAUGCAGAGAUAACUCUACCGAAAGGCUGGGCUACCAGAAAGCUGGCAUUGCUGAUAUAAAGAAACACAAGUGGUUUCAAGGUUUCCAUUGGGAGGGUCUGAGAAAACAAAAUCUUACUCCACCUAUAGUUCCAAAGGUAUGUGGUCCCACCGACACCAGUAACUUUGAUACAUUUCCAAGAACUUGUGAUGAACCAGCUGAUGAAUUGUCAGGAUGGGAUGCAGAAUUUUGAGUAAUCAAAUCCCCAAAGUACAUAAAAUUAUUUUACAAGAAAUUAUACUUAAAAUUUAUAUCACCUGCUAAUGAAAAUGGGUAAUGUUCCACCAAAUUAUAAUAUCGCCAAUAUUAUUCCUAGUUUUAGUCAUUAAAAUUAGAUAGGCGAAAAUGCAUUUUCGAGAUUGAAAGUAUAUCAAUCGGAAUACGCAAGUUGUAAUGAAUUAAGAACCUAAUCAUGUGAGAAAUAAUCUUACUUUUUGUAAGUAGAACAAAAGUUGUUAUGCACUGGCGUGGGGGAAAAGCAAGAUUUACAUAUAACAUGGUUACGGACAGAGGAAAAGUGCAGAGUGUGGUAAAAUCUCGAAAAUUUGAAGCGCCUAUUCUAUUUACAAAAGUAUAAUGAUCUGCUCACAUGGUGUAACGUGGUUAGGAGAUUUUUGAUCAACCAAAAAUUGUUCUUUAUUUGAAAAAUUUGAAUUCUGUAUGGAGUUUCGAUAAUUCCCAUAUUCUUAGUUUUGACACUUAGUUUCAUUCUGUCCAAUAAAUUAGUAGCAGCGCGGUAGCAGUUUUUAUCCAUGUGGAUUACUUCAAAUUUUUUUUAAAUUCAUUUAUUUUGUAUGAUAUCAGAAACACUUAAAUAUGAAAUAAAUACUUUCAAACAUUGCAUUUUAACUUCAAGAGGAAAGGACUACCAAUUUAAUCGCAGCAUUCAGUGUGCUUAAAUAUUUCCUACUUCAUGUUCUCAUUUUAAUAUGAAAAUUG